CAGGGCAGCGGAAGUUUGAGCGUGGCGGAGCGCGCGAGCGGAGACUCGUCUGAGGGAGCUGCCUCACGGCCAGACCGCCCCGCCAUGAACCUGGAGUGUAAAGUGAAGAAGAUGGGCUUGGGCCAUGAGGAAGGAUUUGGUGCCCCCUGCUUAAAAUGCAAGGAAAAGUGUGAAGGWUUUGAGCUUCAUUACUGGAGAAAAAUAUGCCGCAACUGCAAAUGUGGCCAGGAGGAGCAUGAUAUCCCAUCAAGCAAUGAGGAGGAUCGGAAAGUGGGGAAACUCUUUGAAGAUACAAAAUACACAACACUUAUUGCAAAGCUGAAGAAUGACGACAAUCCCAUGUACAAACGUAAUGUCAUGAUACUGACCAGCCCAGUGCCAGCCAAGAAUGUGUCCAUCAAUACUGUGACUUACGAGUGGGCUCCUCCUGUUCAGAAUCAGACACUAGCUAGACAGUACAUGCAGAUGUUACCAAAGGAGAAGCAGCCUGUUGCUGGCUCAGAAGGCGCGCAGUACAGGAAGAAGCAGUUGGCAAAGCAGCUGCCUGCUCACGAUCAGGAUCCUUCAAAAUGCCACGAGCUUUCCCCCAUUGAAGUCAGGCAUAUGGAACAAUUUGUGAAGAAGUACAAAAAAGAAGCACUCGGUGUCGGAGAUGUCAAGCUCCCUGGUGAGGUGGAAGGGAGAGCUGARGAGAAUAAUUUGAAAAAUGGUGACAGAGGUACCUCAUCUACUGUUGGAGCAAUGGAAAAGUCCUCAAGUCAAAAAGCAUCUCAGUAUUUCUGCUAUCACUGCAAACAGAGCAUGAUGGAAGGUGACCCAGCUGUUUAUGCAGAACGUGCUGGAUAUGACAAAAUGUGGCAUCCAGGUUGUUUUGUCUGUUGCACCUGCAAUGAACUUCUAGUAGACCUGAUCUAUUUCUGGAAGAAUGGUAACCUGUAUUGUGGAAGACAUUAUUGUGAUAGUGAAAAACCCCGCUGUGCUGGAUGUGACGAGCUAAUAUUCAGCAAUGAAUAUACUCUCGCAGAAGGUCAAAACUGGCAUCUGAAACACUUCUGCUGUUUUGAUUGUGAUUGUGUUUUGGCUGGGGUAACCUAUUUAAUGGUGAAUGAUGAUCCAGUCUGCAAAUCCUGCUACAUGAAGAACCAUGCUGCGAUCUGCCAAGGCUGUCAUAACGUUAUAGAUCCAGAAGUUCAGCGUGUGGCAUACAACAAUUUCAACUGGCAUGCUACGCAGGAAUGCUUCUUGUGCUCCUGUUGCAGCAAGUGUCUAAUUGACCAGAAGUUCAUGCCUGUGGAAGGGAUGCUUUUUUGCUCAGUGCAAUGUAAGGAAAAGAUGAUGUCAUAAAAGGUGAUGUCAUAAAAGAAGAUAUGCACAGAACUAGUCAAGUAUUGCUGUGUUCCAAAGGCUCUUGCAUUUCUACUGUAAAAUAUAAAGUGUCAGGGCGUUUAAAAUGAUUGAAAGUAUUAAAUAGCAUUUCCCAAAGAUUUUUUUUUUUAGUGUCCAAAACUUCCUAUGUAAUCUUUAUUUCUUAGCUGUAAAAAUACUUCCUUUUCUGGAAUACUGAGUCUUAUUUCAAAUUACUUCACAUCCCAGAAAUAUUAAAAAAAAAUGUUACAAACUCUAUAUUUUCUAAGGGAGCUCUUCACUGUGAAGAAUCUUUUUGCUGUAUCCUGUCUAAUCGAACAAGAAAAUGUGAAAAUGCUCCAAUUUAUCUUGUUUUGUAUGAUAAAUGUAACUCUUUCACCUUUGGUUUCACUAAUUUAUCAUUUUUAUUAUUUUUCUGCUUUCAUCAAGCACUUUAAACAAAGUGAUCAGUUUUACUGCCAUGUACAGCUUUGUUCUCCUAACUUCAAGUARGGAGAAUGACACUUAAAAAAAUAUUUGCCUUUAAUAAUUUCCUUGGAUUUGACGCAUGGUUUCUUGGGGGAUAGUGACUAUUCAUAUGUCUAGUUUUGAAAGUAACUUCACCAAUGUAAAACUGUUGGCUUAUGUUUCUUUCUUACAGCUGUUCAUGCCUGGAAAGGGUUUAAUUUUAUGAAUACUGAAGUUAUGUUAUAGAUUGGUGAUUGGGUGGGUGUUGGUGUUAGAAAAUAAGAGCAGGUUUUGCUUAGAUUAAGARAAAAAACCCACCAGAAGUAAUGGGUAUCACUUUUAGCCUUUCAGAACUAACUUCUGUUUUAUAUCAUGAAUGUUCCUUCCAUAAGUUGUGCCUUCUGUCAAGAGGRAUGUGGCACACAAUACUGUAUGCAUUUCCAAGAAUGUAUUUCUGCAAAUGGAUCCUGCUUAGGCUUUUGUUUUCGAAGUUCUGAACCAAAGGACAAAGAAGUCUUUCCCAAAAGACUUACAGUAUUUGAGUGAAAAAAUUCAAAGCUGUGCAUUAGCUUUGCUUACUAGAUAAACCAAAUGUGUGUCUUUUUCUUAAGAAUUACAGACCUACAGUGAAGCUUCUUAUCUUUGUGCAUAACAGUGAAUUGGGAGUCUUUGGCCUAAAAAAAAUAAAAAUUAAAAAAAUCUAUGCAAGUCUGUGUUCAGUUCUUGUAAAUUUUAUGGUGAUUGUAUUGCAACACUUCAAAAUAAAAUUAGUGUUUUUAACUUAAGUUGUCUACUAAUUCUGUUCUUGUUAAAUCCCCUUCAGGGAGGCAAAGAGGAAGGAAAAUGUUUCCAUAGUUUGCUUUCACU